AUGAAUUCAGAAGAUAUAGAUCAGAGGCCCGCAAAAAAGAGACGCUUUUUCUUUGAAGAUAAUGAAGACGAUCAUGAACAGAAAAUUACUGAAGAUAUCUCGGCAGAGUUGCCAGACGCAAGCGCGUCUUCCCGCUCCCUGGUUGGCCCUGCAGACACAGAGCUUGGACAAAGCACUUGCACCUCUACUGUGAACGUACCACGCCUGGAUUCAGAGAGAAACAUUCAGAAUGGAUUCGACGUUGCAUUUUUCACCAGCUUGGUUGGUGAAGAACUAUCAGCUGAAAGUAUUGAGACAGUCAGAAAAAUGGCCCAGAGCGAUAUGGAAAGAGCCGUUAAUAUAUAUUUCGAUGGGUCAUGGAAAAAUAGAACAGACGGCCCCGAAAUAAUGACUCCAAGCCUGCAGUCCUCAGAUGCCCAGGAUGGAACACCCGCUACUUCACCAAAUUGCUCUGCGACAUCACUCGAUACGGACAACCUUCUCCGAAGUUCGCCAAAGGCGAGGUACGUUGGUGGCUUUGGAGUUGGUGGCUGGGCCACUCGUUCUGGCUCAAACCUAAUAAGACACGGGGAGGAAGUUUCUAUUGAACGAAGUAAAGUACGGGCUUUACUUAAGCCUGGGAGAGGCGGCCGCAACACUUAUCGUUCGGCUAAUGGGAGAGGAGAUAUAAUCACAAGAUUUACGAACCAGCGGGGCGAUGAGAUUGGACGAUUGCCACGAGAGACUGCAGAAUGGGUCUCGACUUUAAUUGACCAGAAAGUUUGCAUAUUUGUUGGCGUUUGUGUGUAUGCUCCAGACCAGGUUCGAGUCAACGACACCAUAUACCUUCAAAUAAAAUGUUUCAUACUAAGGAAAGCUUUUGGAAAAAUGGUUCUAUCUACGCCAGAAGACCAGACUCCACGUUUGUUCGAACAACAAGAGACGACAGACGAAAAGGCGCUGCGUUUACGACAGGUGGCUCUUGUAACCCUUUUCAACGAAAUAAAUCUGCAGCCCACCUCGAUCAGCGAGACAACCUCCCGUCAGAAAAAAGAAGGGCUGCUCAGGGCUGCUGAAAUAGCAGAGCAACGAGGUUCUAAAAACAAUUCGUCUACAAAUGGGAAAGGGGACUCUUCGGACGGAGAGGAAGGAGAACAAUUAAACGAAAAUCAACUCGAUACUCUAUAUCGCAAGGCUCAACAGUUUGACUUCAAUAUGCCCGAGGCCACGCCCGGAGAGAAGUUUGCCCUGGAGCUUCGAAAAUACCAAAAGCAAGCGUUACAUUGGAUGUUGAGCAAAGAGAAGGAGGCCAAGUCUACCAGAGAGAGAUCGAUGCAUCCACUUUGGGAAGAGUAUACAUGGCCUAUAAAAGAUGUGAAUGACCAACCAGUACCUCAAGUUCGCAAUCGUGAAAAGUUUUAUGUCAACCCUUAUUCAGGAGAAUUAAGUUUGGAUUUCCCUGUUCAGGAACAGCACUGCCUCGGGGGGAUUCUUGCAGACGAGAUGGGAUUAGGUAAGACAAUUGAGGUGAUGAGCUUGAUCCAUUCCAACUCGCCUAACCCAGCCAUGUUGCAACGCGGAUCCAAUUCAUCAACUCCGGAUGCUCUUCCCCCCCCUACUAAAGCUUCUUCGCAUGUUUGGGCAGCGCCUUAUACAACACUCGUUGUUGCUCCAACCUCGUUACUCUCUCAGUGGGAGAGUGAAGCUAUCAAGGCGUCGAAGCAUGGGUCAGUAAGGGUAUUUGUUUAUCAUGGAACAGAGAAGUUAGCCGAUCUGAGAACCCUUGGCUCCAAUCAUAUCUCGGCAGGAUCCAUCAAUAUCGUCAUUACCAGUUAUGGUGUUGUUCGCUCUGAAUAUUUUCAAAUGGUUUCCGCGCGCAAUCGUGACAUCCUCAGUCGUAUAGGUCUAUUCUCAAUCGAAUUCUUCCGUGUUGUUCUUGAUGAAGCACAUUACAUUAAAAAUCGCGCAUCGAAAACUUCUCGAGCAUGUUGUGAGCUCAAGUCAGUCCACAGGUGGGUGCUGACCGGAACGCCCAUUGUUAAUCGACUCGAGGAUCUUUUCAGUCUAGUGAGGUUUCUGAAUGUUGAACCUUGGUGCAAUUUUUCUUUCUGGAGAACUUUCAUUACGAUUCCCUUUGAAUCAAAAGACUAUGUUCGAGCUCUCAAUGUUGUACAGACUGUGCUAGAGCCGCUUGUGCUUCGACGGACGAAAUCAAUGAAAACUCCUGAUGGCGAACCGCUAGUACCAUUACCCUCAAAAACAAUCACCGUUGAGCAGGUAGAACUUUCUGAUCAGGAACGAGAUAUUUACGACAUAAUUUUCACUCGUGCAAAACGUACAUUCAAUGAUAACGUUGCUGCUGGUACACUUUUGAAAUCUUAUACUACAAUUUUUGCCCAACUCCUCCGCCUACGCCAAACUUGCUGCCAUCCUAUCUUAACUAGAAAUCAGAACAUUGUUGACGAAGAAGAGGAUGCCGCUGUCGCUGCCGAAGAUGCGAAUAUUUUGCGGGAUGAUAUGGAUCUUCAAGAGCUGAUUGACCGGUUUACCGCUUCAACUAGAUCUACAAGUAAUGAGGAACAACAAGACCCAACAGCGAAAUUUACAACACACGCAUUAAGACAAAUUCAGACCGAGUCAUCUGGCGAAUGCCCUAUCUGUUCAGAAGAGCCAAUGAUUGACCCUGCGGUUACUAAGUGCUGGCACAGCGCGUGCAAAAAAUGUUUGGAGGCGUAUAUCCAGCAUCAGAGUGACAAAGGAGAAAAGCCUCGAUGCUUCUCUUGCCGGGAAACCUUAAGUAUUAGAGAUGUGUUUGAAAUUGUCAGACAUAAAUCUCCCAGACAAUCACCCGUGAUGGGUAGUUUAAACGAUAGCUCUCCAACACCUCGCAUCUCUUUGCGACGGGUACAUCCACUUUCGCCCUCUGCUCGUACCUCUGCCAAGAUUCACGCACUUGUCACCCACCUAUCUAGCCUACCUAAGAACUGUAAAGCAGUGGUUUUCUCUCAGUUUACCUCGUUCCUGGACUUAAUUGGCGCCCAACUAUCGCGCGACGGGGUUGAACAUCUCCGUUUUGAUGGAACUAUGGCGCAAAAGGCCCGAAAGACCGUGCUAAGUCAAUUUAACCGUGCACCCGAUAUUUUUGCUGACGAUGACGAGGAAGAAGAGGACAAGAACGGCCUUGAUCUUAGCCCUACCCGCAAAUUAUGCUCGGGAUCUGACUCCAUGGUAUCAAACCCCAACGUUCUCUUAAUCAGUCUCCGAGCCGGUGGGGUUGGUCUUAAUUUAACUACCGCAAAUUACGUUUACAUGAUGGACCCCUGGUGGAGUUUUGCUGUUGAAGCACAGGCUAUCGAUCGGGUGCAUAGGAUGGGUCAAUUGAAAGACGUGAAAGUAAUCAGAUUUGUCGUUAAGAAUAGUAUUGAAGAGAGAAUGUUGAGAGUUCAAGAGAGAAAAAUGAUGAUUGCGGGAUCAUUGGGCCUAAGAGUAGGUGACACCGGAGAUGACGCAAGAAGAAAAGAGAGGAUCGAUGAAUUGAAGCUGCUGUUUGAAUGA